AUGGUCAACUCAAGCACCGUGGUGACGGCAUCAGUCGCAACCGUUGCGACAGGCCUCGUUGCCUAUGCCGUGUACUUUGACUACAAGCGACGAAAAGACUCCGAAUUCCGCCGCAACCUGAGAAGAAACGAGCGCAAGCAGGUCCGGGCCGCCAAGGAAGAAGCAGAAGCCUCCACACAGCGACUACGCGGCCUCAUCAAGGCCAAGGUGGAUGAAGCCAAAGAGGAGGGUUUCCCUGUGGGCGUGGAGGAGCGAGAAGCCUUCUUCAACGAACAGGUCAUGACGGGCGAGAUGCUGAGCCAGGAUCCUUCUAAGAUGAUCGAUUCCGCGCUCGCUUUCUACAAGGGUCUCAAGGUCUACCCUGCUCCCGGCGACCUCAUCAAGAUCUACGACAGCACCGUUCCCAAGCCUAUACUAGACAUCCUGGCCGAUAUGAUUGCAUACGACGGCGACAUUAGCAUUCGCACUCGUCCCUCAUCCGCAGGCAUCAACCUGGGCGACAUCCCCAGCGUUGGCCUCGACUAA